AUGGAUUCUUAUUCAUAUGCAGCUAUUUCUUCUUCUUCUAAUUCUUGUUCCUCUUCCUCUAGUUCUAUUCCAUAUUCCAAAUAUCCACAAGAAGUAAAGAAAAAUAAACCAUUACCUUCAUAUCAUUCCUCACUUCAUGGAGUUCGUAGGCUCCCAUCAAAACCAAUGACUAAACAACCAAUUGCACCAUUGCCACCAACUCCUCCUAAAAUCUACAAAGUCGAACCUGUUAAUUUCAAGGAAGUCGUCCAAAUGCUCACUGCUGCACCUGAGUUUCAAUCCAACUCUAGUAAUUCUAGCUCUGGCUCUGGCUCUAGUUCUAGUUCCAGCUCGAGGCGUUUACAAGAUGUGGCUCCUCCUCCACUUGAUCUCUCACCAGUUUCAUUACCAAGAAAUAACAUUGCUGCAGAAUGGAGAGAGUUCCUUCGUCCUUCUUACUCUUCAAACAACCAAGUUGAAUCAAUUAGCGUGGCAUGUAAUGACUCAACAAAUGAAGCACAAGAAAGAUCACAUGUAACGCCACGAAAUCUAUCAGAAAACCUAUUUGGAUCAUGCAGUCCACUUGCUAAUUUUCCUCUAUCGCCUGCUUCUUUUGCAUGGUGUUCUUCUAUUCUUCUAAGCCCUGGAACCCUUCCUUCACCAAAUGCAGUUCUUUAG